CUUAUUCAUAUUCAUGACAGCCAGUAGAGUGACCUAUCAGCGACGGCAAAUUUCCACCCAAGGCGUGUACUUCAUGAAUAUCUAAACAGAAAGCGCAGAAGGGUAGAUUGGUUCGGUUCACAAUUGUUUUGGCGAAACUAAUUUUUGAAGAGGUCUCACAGCGAUAGGACUAUCACAACAAUCGACGAACUUCAAGGAAACGUCCAACUUCUAUAGCAAUUAUUUGCGCGAAACCGGCCCUUAAGCAAUUAUGCCUGGAGAAGCGACAAUUACAUUAACCCUUGCGCCAAACUCGGGACAAGCUAAGCCGUUCCCUUUUGUUUUGAAGAAAGUCAUGGAUAUUCCUCCACCCAAUAUCCUUGACGAGGGCGAUGAUGAGAUCAAGAAAGAGAAGCUAUGCCUGGUCGAGCGCACCGAGUCAGGAAGUGAUGCGGCCAACGGUGCUGGCAGCACGGCCAGCGGCGGAGGGGCAGGGGGCGUUUCAGCCUCCCUGACCCCCGCUAUCUGGGAGAAAACCAUCCCGUAUGACGGCGAGAACUUCCAUCUGGAGUACAUGGACCUGGACGAGUUUCUUCUGGAGAACGGCAUCCCCAUUUCCCUCGAGGAGGAGCUACAACGCAGCCUGGGACAGGAGCAGGGCAGCGAAGGGAGCAGUGGCGCUGACGAGGCCAAGUCAUCUUUCUCCUCUAAGACGCCGGCCACUUCGAAGGCUGCUCAGCCAGAAGCCACAGACCCACCACAGGCAACAGCUGAGGAGGAGAAGAAGAAAAAGGAGGAACAGCAGGACAGGGAGGAUGAGGAGCAAGAGGAAGAUGAUGAGGAAGAGGAUGACACUGAAUCUCUGACAGAUGCCAUCGAAUUAGAAGCUGCACAAGUUGAAGCAGGUAAAUCUACUAAGGAAAGAGUCACCCCAACACCCCUUGACCCAGAGGAGAUUGAGGUGGAUGUGAACUUCCAGCCAGACCCCACUGAUCUGGUCCUGUCGAGUGUGCCGGGGGGUGAGCUCUUUAACCCUCGCAAGCAUCGCUUCUCAGAGGACGAGCUAAAGCCCCAACCCAUGAUAAAGAAGGCCAAGAAGGUGUAUGUUCCUGAUGAGCGAAAGGAUGACAAGUACUGGUGCAGGAGGAAGAAGAACAAUGUGGCAGCGAAGCGCUCCCGCGAUGCACGCCGGCUGAAAGAGAACCAGAUUGCCGUGCGGGCGUCUUUCCUGGAGCGGGAGAACGCGGCACUGCGGCUGGAGGUGGCCGAACUGCGCAAGGACUAUGGCCGGUGCAAGAACGUCAUCGCCCGCUACGAGGCCAAAUACGGUCCACUCACUGUGUUGGAGAAUCAGGACAAGGACAUGUGAAGCAAUGAUUUAUUGAUUUAUUCAUGACGGGAGAGGGUGAACCAGAUGAAUAAAUGAAUAAAUGGUGUGGAUGACAACUAAA